AUUUCUGGCGUGUAAUCGUAAAAUGAAACGUUAACUGUCAAACGGUAGCGCUAUGCGAUUCUCAAUGACACUCGUACGAUACAAAAUUAUUUUUUUAUAUUAAUCAAAUACAUUUUUUACUACAAAUAAUACAUCGUUACAAAGCCUCAGAAGUUACAAAUGAGUAACUUCAAAACCCUGCGCUUAAAUGACGACGAACUAACAUCACCAUCCUCUGAUGAGAAGAUGGACACAGGAUCCGAAUCCUUCCGAUCUCAAGAUACUCCCAACUCGGUCCUAUCAUCCGACUUCGAGGGAGACCAUCCAGAAUCGAACGGGGUCUUAAGACUCCAGAACCCAGAAAUCCAUCGUUUAACGGAAUCGGAUAAAUUUAACGAUAGUCUUAUAAGUAAAAUGUCCAAUUUACACCUAGAUUCGCCUAGACCUAAGAAUCUGGGAAUUAGUCCACCAAAAUUCAGCUCGACUUUAACGCUGACGACGAAUCACCCCCUUAUGAGUCCGGAUGAGAAUUAUCCGGAUCUGAUCCCCAAAAAAGUUCCGAAAAUCGAUGAGGAAAAAGACUUGAGUCUUUCUAGCAUUGAAGAUGAGAGGGCCAAUGAAAACAAUGGCUUCUACAGUCCACAGAGGAAUACUUCCAAGAAUAAUUUGUAUUUUACGGAACAAUUUGUGACGGCUGAAAGUCAGGACUUCACUGGUUUGGACCUCACAGUGCCUCCGGACGUAGCGAGGGUGGAUAAGCUGGAACGGCGGAAGAUAGUCCCGAAGCUAAGAGAUGGGACCCCUCAGAAGGUCGAUGCCAUGUUGAAGUUCAUCGAUGAGAAGACCAAACAGAGUACGCCCAAGUCUUUGCCGGUGGAUAUAACUGUUAAUGAGGAGUUUCAUUCGGUGGCCGAGUGGUGCGAGUCUCCGUCCCAUCUUAGAUCGAUGCCCAACUUCGAGCUGCCGAUCGAAAUGUCCAGCAGUAUAGGAAUGCAUAACGACUUAGACUCCCCAGACGUGAUAUCAGCAUCUACACAAGAGGAUAGGUCGGCGUACCAGGCGCUCCUGGACCCUUACACCGGCAGCGUCGCGUUGCGCCACACUCCGGCGCCGCACCGGAGUCCUGGAACACAACGGAGGAAGAUACAACUGCCACCAGAAGAAGACAGAUGCAGCCUGGACAGCGUCAGCGCCUGUUCCAUGGAGUCCGAGGACGAGCCAGCCGACCCUCAGGAGUUGGAGCCGGCACCCGUCAACCAGCACCUGGUACUUAGUGACGAUGAGGGGAGCAAAAUGUCAAAAUCAACGAACACUCUAUCAGAAGGCAGCGACCCCAUCCCGGAGUACUCCGCGGCCGAGGAGUUGAGCAACGAGCGCGCCUGGAUCACCGUGCCGCGCCCCGGGGGACACGUCACUUGUGAUAUGAAGGUCAUUGAACCGUACAAGCGCGUGAUAUCGCACGGGGGCUACGACGGCGGCGGGGCGGCGCUCAUAGUGUUCAGCGCGUGCCACCUGCCCGACUGCGCGCGCCCCGACUACACCUACUGUAUGGACAAUCUGUUCCUCUACGUGAUCUGGACGCUAGAGCGUCUGGUGACGGACGAGUACGUGCUGGUGUACCUGCACGGCAGCGCGGGCCGGAGGCGGCUGCCCACCUUCCACUGGCUGCACGAGUGUUACAAGCUUAUUGAUAGAAGAUUACGUAAAAGCCUGAAACACCUGUAUCUCGUACAUCCAACGUUUUGGCUGAAAUCUUUUGUCAUAUUGACAAAGCCUUUUGUGAGUUCAAAAUUCUUCCGCAAGUUAUCCUACGUCAGGAGUCUAGCGGAGCUGAUGCAGAAGGUGCCAGUGGAACCGAACGCAAUCCCCGAGCUUGUCAAACAGUACGACGCUACUCGACGGUAGGUGGCGUUAGUGUAGCAAUCACCGAGCUUGUCGAACUGAGUGCCUAGUGCGAGUUUGUUUUACGUUAACGCGAUUGAUAAAGUUACGCUGUGAUUGGCAAUUCCAAGUUAAUCAAUCAAUCGGAGGUCUUUUUUUGAGAGGGGACAAUCAUCUAAUUAGUUAAUGACUUCUCCCAUCUUAGGUGACGCGGGAGGGAGUGUCAGACUCUUACUGACUAUAAACACCAUCCCGUUCCAAGCUUUAGAGUCGGAGCCCCGAUAACCAAUCAGAGGUUUUUUUGAGAGGGGACAAUCAUCCAAUGACUUCUCCCAUCUUGGGUGAGACGAGAAGGUGUCUCAGACUCUGACUAAAAACCACCUCGUUCCUAUUCUAGCUUAGAGCUGGAACUGCGGUAACCAAUUAGAGAAGUACCUUUCGGUCGCAUUAACGUAAAAAUGAAACUCUUACUCGGUACCCAGUUGGACGCUACUGAACGAUAGGUGGCGAUAGAAUCGAUUCCAGUGAUUAGUAGAUAUAUUAUGAAGGCUUUUUGUAAGUACAAUAUUAAUUAGAUAUAUAUAAUAUAUGUUUUAUAAUUUGCAAAUGGUGUGAUACUGUAUUUAUUUGUGGUUUUGGUUGAUAAAGGUACUUUUGGUUUGUAAAAACUUCGGUUGGUACUGUAAAAACUUGUCUAUUUUUGCAAAAGUAUAUUAUUUUUAAAUUUUCAAUGAUAUUUUCGAAUUACCAUUAGGUCGGUCAAAAUAUUUUCGAGUCCCUUGAAUUUGGAAUCAACGAGAGUUGACUGUAUUUGCUUAUAGCGAGAAAUGUCUUUUUUUUUUCAAAAGUAUCAGACUCUUACUGACUACAAACCACCCCGUGCCUACUCCUGCUUUAAAACCGGUGCCCCGUUAACCCGCUAGGCAGUCCGCAGCUCCGGGUUGAGCGUAAAAUGCCUUAAGUCUUGAUAUUGCACUAUUUUCUUAAUGAUACAAGCAUAUUUUGUUAUAACAGCUUGAAGUAUACAAUCUACUAAUUACUGGAUUCGUGUCGCAUGUUUCAUAUUUAUAGAGGUAGUGAAUUUUAUACGUCGCUCUCUAUUUUAUAUAAGGUGUUCUAAAAUUAUCUGCGAAUCGUUUAAACGGAGGUAGUGUUAUCUUUGAAGAUUACAAUAGUGAAGAAAUUUCGUACCGAGGACCAGUUAACUAAAGUUGAAAGUUAAAUAAACAUUAACUCUUCUUUGCGUAAAGUGGUUCACAAAUACUCACGAUGCGACAGAUACGGUGAAUGAGAUUACUCUUUCAUAACAAACGCAUAAGUAGAUAUCUUGUGUGGAAAAAAAAUAUACCCAUAAUAAAUAAUAUUGAUAUUGACUAUUGUAAUCUUCAAACAAAACACCACCUCCCAUUAUAGCCGAAGCAGAUACUUUUAAAGCUCCUUAUAUUAGAAAAUGUGUGUUAUUCAAUUAUGAUAAUGAUUCUCGAAUAGUAUAUAAAAAUCACUAUCUUUAUAUAAAAUAUUUAUAUCAUGUAUAAAUGAAAAUAAUAUCAAAAUAUUUAUUUACGUCGCUUAAUUUAUUUAUACCAAAAUAAAAUAUAUUUUCUUUACGUACAAUUACAGAAUCUCUCUAUUUAAAGACUCCGAUUCACUCCGAAAUCGAUCGAUGUACGCCGUAAAUUGUAUUCAGAUAAUUUUUGAUCAUUUAUUUUGGUAUGAAUAAAUUAAUCGGCUCUUGUACAAAAAUUACAAUAAUUAAUAAAAAAAAAACAAUAAUUUAUAUAGUCGUUUCAUAUAUUUUUCGUGAAAUAUAGAUUAUUUAUUUAUUUGAAAUUA